CAUCAGGCGAGCAGGACAGUGGGAAACGGCAUACAGCGCUAGACAGAGCAAGAGAGCCCUGCAUAGCUUGGUUGUAAAACUCUCUGUCUUGAUGUUACUGCCUUUGGUAAAGCUUGGUAAAUAUUUCUGGGACAGGCAGCUCCUUGUCUGGCCUUAAUUACCUGGGCAAAUUUUCCUAAGGAUUGUAUUGACCUCAAAUAUGUCAACAUUUAUUGAGGCCGUGUUCCUGAGGCUUUUCCCAUUAGAUGCUAAUGGAUUCUGGCUAAUAGUCAAGCCGGAUUGACCACUGGAGGGUGCCCUGGCCAGCUCCAGGAUACCACAAGCACCUGGGGAGAGGGCUGGGGAGGGUUACACCAGCUUUGCAGAGCCAAAUAUAAAAAUCACCAUGGCCCCAAUCCAAAGAGAUCAGGGAACAUGCUUGAGCAAUUGCAUUCCUAACUAUCUGCUUCUCUGGGCAUGAUUCACUCCAAGUCAUGGCUGUAUUUAUGUGUGGGACUCCAAGCAAAGCUUGCUUUCACUUGGGACUGUUCUCUCCCCGCGGGAAAAAGGAGUCCAGCACCCCUCUGCACGGCUCCCAUUUGCUUCUGUUCCCUCAGGCCCUUUCCAGGGCCAGGGCCAUGCUCAGCACAGCGCUGGAAAGCCACGUCACGCCGGUUUGCUUCAAAAUCGCUUCCCUCCAACCCUGUGGCUGGCAGCGAAGAGUGCAUCCAGGUGCCUGGGUGCCUCUGGCCACCCGUGUGCAUCUCGUGGGGUCGUGGGCGAGAGCAGCGUCAGGUCCCUUGCUGGUCAUGCCACCCAAGGCUGGGCACAGGUGUGUGCUCCCCUUCCCGUGUGUGCGCCCCACACUGCCUGCCAGCCAGCUGCCAGACGCACCCGGAUGCCCCUCCGAUUGCUCAGCUCUGUGUGGCUGGGCAGCGGUUUCAGAUGCGUGUGCAUAGGCGUGCAUGGGCGUGUACAAGGUGCACGCCAGCCUCUGUGCCUGCGUGUCUGCACAGAGGAAGAGCCCCCGCCGUUAUCCCUGGCCCAGACCCAGCUCCCCUGGCUCUCCACACCCAGCCUGCUGCCCUGCCAGCUCCUCCGGCAGGACUGCAUGUCCCUGUCUGGCGUCCCUAGGUUGCCCUGGCAGCGGAUGGCCCCACGCACCAGCUCCCUGCUCCUGCUGCCUGCCUGGCUCCUGCUGCCCCUGCCCACACAACGAGGUCUGCGUCCUGCUGAAGAACGGCAGCGCACCCAGGAAUCUCCUGCUCGCUCCCAGCCAGCAGGAAUGUGCCUCUCCUGUCCCUCCUCUGCUGCUUCCCAUCCUCAGCGAGGACAGGCAUCGUGGGGGCUGCAGUAGCGGGAGCUGGGAGCACCGGGGCAAAGGAUUGCUCUGGGGCACGAUGGGACAGCCUGGCUGUGGCGCUCACAUCUCCUCCAGCCCUGCUUACCCUGUGCCAGCAGCAGUAGCACAGUCACACCUGAUAAGAUACAGGAGGCAGGAGGUCCCUGCCCAAAGCACCCUGCACCCCACCGCACCCUCCAGCCCAGCAGGAUCCAUCGGGGAAGUCAAAGAGAGCGGCUCUUCCAUGGCUCUGAAAGUGCAACAUAUGCCAGACUGGAAGAGCAUCUGGGAAAGCCAAGCUGGAGAGAAAUACAGGAAAGCAGCACUGGAGGCUGACAUGCUGAAAGAGCACCUGGGUCCCUGGAGGGAUAGGGCCUGGCGGGCAAAAGCUGACAAUGAAGGGCUCAAGAAGAGGCUGUGGGACCUGGAGAAGGCGCUGGAGCAGGCACGGGAAGACAAGCGGGACAUUCAUGAAGAAAUGACCCGGCAAUACCAAGAGCUGCAGAAGCAGACAGCAGCCCACAGCCAGCGCUUGGAGGCGAAAGUGAAGAGCCUGCAGGAGCAGCUCGCCACCAGGCUCCGGGAGAGCCAGCAGACCCAGGAGAUGGCCACCCAGGCACUAGCAGAGAGGGACAGGACCAUCGCCCAGCUGCAGGGCAGGCUUGGUGCCAUGGAGAAGGAGUACGAGAAGACCCUCCACGGUAGCCUGGACCUGGUGCUGGCCAAGAUGGCUGAGGCCAGCCAGCGCUGGGAAGAGGUAGCAACAACCAUCGCCGUGGAGCACAAGGAGCGCCUACAGGAGUUUGGCCUCAACCCCCUGGAGAUAUAGCACCCUGGGGUUCCUGGGGUGGGACACGCUCUCAGCCCCUACCUCCCUAUCAGCAC